AAUGUAACGGAUUGCCGUGCCCGUCACGGCGUCACUUCUGAGUUCUCUUCUUUUUUUUUUCCCCUUUUUUUCCUCGUGCUCGGUUUUUUUUUUCCCGUCUCCUCGAGCGCGUCCUUGUCCUCUCGUUAUGGUUUCGAAGCCUCGAUCAAGAACAGGGUAAUCAUUCGCGCCGGCGCCUUUGAAUCUUGGAAUCUGCGAACGCCGCAUACGACGAUUUGGGGACUGCAGAGCUAACGAGCAAGAGCCUCGGCGGUGUCUUUUUUUUUUUCUGCUUUUUCGGUUGUUCGAGUAGUAGCUUCUGUCAACUAACGCUGCUUUUAAGAAGAUGGUUUUCGUUUGGUCAUUCGAGGGUCAGCUGAUUAGCAAUUUAUUUGUCUGGAUUGCCUUGUUCUAAGAUGAAGCUUAUGAGUUAGGCCUUGCGUGCAUCAUCUAAGAUGAAUGUGGUAGGAAGAGUAGGAAGCCUCAUCUCUCAAGGAGUUUACUCGGUUGCAACACCUUUCCACCCUUUUGGUGGUGCCGUUGAUGUCAUUGUUGUUCGGCAAGAGGAUGGCUCAUAUCGCAGCACACCAUGGUAUGUGCGGUUUGGAAAGUUUCAAGGUGUACUUAAAGGUGCAGAGAAGGUCGUCACGAUAUCUGUUAAUGGCGUAGAAGCAAAUUUCCACAUGUAUCUUGAUAAUUCUGGACAGGCCUAUUUUCUGAGAGAGGUUGUGCCAGGAAGUGACGAUGCAGAGUCCAGCAUUCAUAUUAUAAGUGAUUUAGACACUUCAAAUUCAAGGCCAACUUCUAGUUUUGUCAACAAUGCUGAUAGUUUGAAAACUGAUUACAAUUCAGACAAGGGUGAUGAUGUUAAGACUGUCGAACAAUUAAAUGGGUUUCAGGAUGAACAAACUUCACCACAGAGUUCGUCUGGGUCCUCGGUGUUUAGCAAUUACCACUAUGGUAGUCUUGAUGAGGUGGAAGAUAUGGUUAAAGAAUCAAGCGACUCUAAUUCAGAAAUGGUGUUGAUAAGUGUGGAUGGGCAUAUUCUGACUGCCCCAAUUUCAUCAAAUCAAGAGAACACUGACAAUGUCCAAUUGGAUACUCCUCAGUUCCACCUUGGACCUGGCAAAGAAUCCACUGAAGAAUUUGUUGCCAACGAAGAAGUGUGGGAAUCUGGUUUAUUUGGUGAUCUAGAUGAGACUCUGAAGGAAAAAAAUGCUUCUGAUCACCAGUUGGAAGCCCUUAAUGAAUUGAGACAAAAUGAUAAAGAGACUGAUAAAACAGAUGACCUCAGUGAUAUGGAGGAAGAUGCUGCAGGUCUGAUGAAAAAUGACACAUUUAAGAGCUGUUUGGAUUUUUCGUUACAUGCUGAUGAUGUUGAUUCACAAGAUGUGUAUUUCAGGUCUGAUCCAUCAGAAACUUUGAUGACAAAAAUGGAGGAUUCGAAAAAAGAUAUUGAUGCUGGUCAUUUAUCAUGCUCCCAGAGGUUAUUGAAUGAGAAAAUUGAUACUUUAAAUUCCAAGGAUAAAAUCCUUGGCAAUGAAACUGUGCACCUUGAGGGUACGUCUAAUUCUGUCAAACACUUAAAUAAUGAGGAACAUUUUCACACAAUAGCUUCUGAUUCUACUGCUGAAGAAGAAUGCUGCACAACUGAGAAUUAUGUCACAGAAAAGAAAGAUGCUGGGUUAGGCUUUGAAAUUUCACUUUGUGGUAACUUACUACGUCCUGGUAUGGGGCAUAAUUCUGCCAAGGAAGCCUUUCAAGCCCAUCUUAUUUCUGAAGACGAGUACAAGGCAUCUGGAAUGUCCAUCAUCAAGAAUGCAAAUCUUGUUGUCAGAUAUGAAAACAAAUAUUUCCAAUGGGACAAUGUUGCCCAUCUUAUACUCAGAAAGGCUGUAUUUGGUUGUAAUGUUUCAAUGGAAUUGAAAGAUUAUAUCCCCAUUGAACAUGAAGCCAUAACAAAGUCGGGAGAGGAUACAACGGGAGUAUCACCUUCCAUCAGCCGUAGAUGGAGACUAUGGCCAAUUCCAUUUAGGAGGUCAAGGUCUCUUCAACACAGCACAAGUAAUUCUUCUAAUGAGGAUCUUUAUGUCGAUUCAGAACCUGGAUUACAAAAUUCAAGUGUGGAAAAAAUUAACAAUGAUGACAUAAAGCAAUCUCCUCGCAAGCAAUAUUUGCGAACACUUAUUCCUACAAAUGAGCAGAUUGCUUCUUUAAACUUAAGGGAAGGUCAAAACAUGAUAGCCUUCAGUUUUUCAACUAGAGUUUUAGGGAGGCAACAGGUUGAUGCACAUAUUUAUUUGUGGAAGUGGAAUGCACGGAUAGUCAUAUCUGAUGUAGAUGGAACAAUUACAAAAUCUGAUGUUCUGGGACAGUUCAUGCCACUUGUUGGAAGGGAUUGGACUCAGUCUGGAGUUGCUGGACUUUUCUCUGCAAUAAAGGAAAAUGGCUAUCAAUUAUUGUUCUUGAGUGCAAGGGCUAUUGUUCAGGCAUAUCUUACCAGAAGUUUUCUUCUCAAUCUGAAACAGGAUGGAAAAGCCUUGCCUAAUGGUCCGAUUGUUAUUUCUCCUGAUGGAUUGUUUCCCUCACUUUACCGAGAAGUUAUAAGGAGAGCUCCUCAUGAGUUCAAGAUUGCAUGUUUGGAGGACAUUAAAGCACUUUUUCCUGUUGACUACAACCCAUUCUAUGCGGGCUUCGGGAAUAGAGACACGGAUGAGCUUAGUUACAGGAAGAUCGGAAUCCCCAAGGGAAAGAUUUUCAUUAUAAAUCCAAAGGGUGAAGUGGCAAUCAAUCACUGUGUCGAUGUGAAAUCUUAUACCUCCCUGCAUACGCUGGUCAAUGACAUGUUUCCGUCAACUUCGCUGGUUGAACAGGAGGAAUUCAACUCUUGGAACUACUGGAGGAUGCCACUGAUGAAAAUUGAUUGAUAAUGUUCACCACACUUUUGCUCGAGGUGAUUCAGAUAAAGAGUGAUUAAGGAGGUGUUCUUACAAAGUUGUAUUAUGAUGCCUAGUGGAGGAAUUUUUUACACCACCACCCUCUCUGGAGGUGAGCUGUUCCAAAAUAAUGUGCGAAAGACCACCUAUAUAGAAAUGAAAAAUGACUAAAUUCAGUAA